AUGAGCUUUUAUUCAAACCUACCAUCUGCUGGACAAUCUAAUCAGGGGUCUCCAACAAGCGGUCGAAAUGGGGUGGGAUUAGAACCCUUGUAUCCAACUAUCUUUGAGAUAGUGUCAUCGCAUGAAAUCGAUUCCUUGCUGCCCACAUCGAUACGGUAUUUAUUAACAAAUCAUUUAAUAGCGAACUUCCCCAACAAGUAUACUCUGCAGCUGAAUAACUACUUUUUUGAAUGGUUUCAAGCAAUAAAAGGGCUUGUUGAAUGGUAUCAUUUGAAGACAUACAAUUCUACGUUUAUUGAUCGGUUUUAUGGGCUGCAACAAUUUAACUCAAGGGACAGAAAUCUGGCUUUAACACAAUGCUUAAAUCCCAAGAACCAUAGCGCGUGGCCUCGAGGUUUGCAGCUAACUCAGCGACAGAGGAGUGUGAUUUUUUUGGAAAAGAUUAUUCUCCCUUACAUCGCAACGAAGCUUGAUGAAACAUUAGAGAAGCUAUCAGUGAACAACAUAUUCAGCGGUGCUGAGACUGAAGAGAGAUGGGUCAAGAGAGCAUUUCUAAAAAUUUACCCAAUUAUUAAGAAACUAUUCGCGCUAUCCAAUUUACUCGUUAAAUUAUUAUUCCUAACUAAAAGAACAGGAUCGGUUUCGUUGCUACAGUACUUAUGUAAGAUAGAGUACACGACAAUGAAACCAAUGACAUUAGAAACGUCUAGUCUUAAAGAGACGAAAGGAAUGGAUAGUAGGUUAAGGAAAACAAAUAUGUCAUCAAUUUUGGCACUUUUGCAACGCGAAUUAUCGAUUGUACCCAGGUUUUUAACAUUCAUGGGUUCGCAAUUCUUCCCCACUUUCAUAUUCGUACUGAGAGUGUACCAAUGGUGGACCACACAGGACAUGACCACCAAAUUGCAGAAAAGCAUGAAUGACUUAGAUGAAGAUAUUCCAAGGCCGCCUGUCUCCUCACAGGGUGACAAAACGGAAAGUAAAGAGGAAGUUUCUGAGGCAUGUCCCGUUUGCGAAAAAACUAUACAAAAUCCCUGCGUAUUGGAAACGGGAUACGUCGCAUGCUACCCGUGUGCCAUUAGCUAUUUGGUUAAUAAUGAAGGUCAUUGUCCUGUUACUCAUAAAAAACUGCUAGGCUGCACAUACAACAGGCAUACGAAUAAAUGGGAAGUUGUGACAGGUAUGAGAAAGCUACUAAUCUGA